AUGGAAAGUGCUGCAAGUCCUAAAUUCCUGAAGAAAAACUUCUAUGACCUCAGUCAAAGCAUGAGCGGAAAAACAGGAGACAGCUGCCUUUGCGUCUUCUUCAGAUGCCUGGAAAACUAUUUCCCUUCACUUUUAAUCAUUUUUAAGCCCCUCGUUUCUCCGAGGACUUGCUUAUCUCCAGACGACAACAAUUUAUCUUUCUAUUCCCACGUGCCGCUCGCUACAGACACACCGAGACAUGCUGAAGAGGUGUUUGGGCAGGUGGCAAGAACAGCAUUCCAGCAGGGUGCGCAGGGGGCGCCGCGCCCUUCCCUCAAGGUUGGAGGUGGCGUUGCCGGGUGCUGCUCAACGGCCCCGAAGCUGCGAGGGCUCCGCGAGGCCUGGCGGUCCGAGCUGCGAUGCCUCGCCUCGUCGCCGCGUUUGUUGUGCGGUGUUGGUGGGGUGCAGAAAUCCGUCAGGGUCCGCUCCCAGCCGCUGUCCCUGGUGAAGGUGAACGCGGAGGCCUUCCCAGCCCGUCAGAGAAAUGCCCUUAGCGUUGCUGUGGGACUGCACUGGGAGCUCUCCAUUUCCAGAAACACCCUGGGUGCAGCAUUUGUUGCUACGAGAAACAUCCAUGCCUCCAAAACAUGUUUUCAGAAAACUGGCACUGCUGAGGUAUCCUCUAUUCUUGAGGAACGUAUUUUGGGAGCUGACACCUCUGCUGAACUUGAGGAGACUGGCCGCGUGCUCUCAAUCGGUGAUGGUAUUGCCCGGGUGUAUGGCCUAAGAAAUGUCCAAGCAGAAGAAAUGGUUGAAUUCUCUUCUGGGCUGAAGGGCAUGUCCUUGAACUUGGAGCCCGACAACGUUGGUGUUGUCGUGUUUGGUAAUGACAGACUGAUCAAGGAAGGAGAUGUUGUGAAGAGGACUGGUGCCAUUGUGGAUGUACCAGUUGGGGAAGAGCUGCUGGGCCGUGUGGUGGAUGCCCUGGGCAAUCCUAUUGAUGGGAAGGGUCCUAUUACUUCUAAGACACGUAGGAGAGUUGGCUUAAAGGCCCCUGGGAUCAUUCCCAGGAUCUCUGUGCGUGAACCUAUGCAGACGGGUAUUAAAGCUGUGGAUAGCUUGGUGCCGAUUGGCCGUGGCCAGCGUGAGCUGAUCAUUGGUGACAGGCAGACUGGGAAAACUUCGAUUGCAAUUGACACAAUAAUCAACCAGAAACGAUUUAAUGAUGGAACAGAUGAGAAGAAGAAGCUGUACUGUAUCUAUGUUGCAAUUGGUCAAAAGAGAUCUACUGUUGCUCAGCUGGUAAAGAGGCUCACUGAUGCAGAUGCCAUGAAGUACACUAUUGUGGUUUCUGCCACAGCUUCUGAUGCUGCACCCCUUCAGUAUCUGGCUCCCUACUCAGGCUGCUCCAUGGGGGAAUACUUCAGAGACAAUGGAAAACAUGCACUUAUCAUCUAUGAUGACUUAUCCAAGCAGGCUGUUGCCUAUCGUCAGAUGUCUCUGCUACUGCGUCGUCCACCUGGUCGUGAGGCCUACCCGGGUGAUGUGUUCUACUUGCACUCUCGUCUGCUGGAGAGAGCAGCCAAAAUGAAUGAUUCCUUUGGAGGUGGCUCUCUGACUGCCUUGCCUGUCAUUGAAACUCAGGCUGGUGAUGUGUCUGCUUACAUUCCAACUAAUGUCAUCUCCAUCACUGAUGGACAGAUCUUCUUGGAAACUGAGCUGUUCUACAAAGGUAUCCGUCCAGCUAUCAACGUUGGUCUCUCUGUAUCCCGUGUAGGCUCUGCUGCUCAGACCAGGGCUAUGAAGCAGGUGGCAGGUACCAUGAAGCUGGAAUUGGCUCAGUAUCGUGAAGUAGCUGCCUUUGCUCAGUUUGGUUCUGAUCUGGAUGCUGCCACGCAACAGCUGCUGAAUCGUGGUGUGCGCCUGACAGAGCUCCUCAAGCAAGGACAGUAUGUGCCCAUGGCUAUUGAGGAACAAGUUGCAGUCAUCUAUGCUGGUGUAAGAGGUCACUUGGACAAGCUGGAGCCCGGCAAAAUCACUAAAUUUGAGAGUGCUUUCCUAGCUCAUGUUCUGAGCCAGCACCAGGCCCUCCUCUCUACUAUCAGGACUGAAGGGAAGAUCUCUGACCAGACAGAAGCGAAGUUGAAGGAAAUAGUCACAAGUUUCCUGUCUACUUUUGAGGCAUAAACUCUUAACCGUGUUCACACAGACGAGACUUGUUGUGAUCCCGUGCUCCAGCUCCAUCAAAGAUGUAAAAGUAUGUGCGACUUGAAUGUACAGAUCUCAUUGAGAAUAAAAGUUUCCAUGUAAAAAGGC